AUGGAUAAUAGUUUCGUCUAUGAAACAUUUGAAAUGGGGGAAGAUGGUAGUUUAAUACUUGUUAUUAAUAAAUCCGAUAUACAAGUUGUUGCAAAACGUGAAAAAACGGUAAUCAUCCCCAACGACAUUCAAUUAACUUAUCCACUCCAAUUUAAGGUUGAAGAUUUAGUUUCUGAUCCUGAGGUUGAAGAAGCUAUUGUUAAAAUCAAAAAAACAAAGAAAAGCAAAAACAAGGAGACAACUACUCCAAAACCUUAUACUACAAAAUCACCGAACAAAUUUUUCAUUUAUCGCAAAGCUUGGGUUGAGGAAUUCAAAGUAAAGGGUUAUCAAUAUUCAAUGACUGACAUUUCUGGCUUUAUAGCUGAACGAUGGCGAAGAGAACCAGAUGCAACCAAAGCAGUUUUUAUCGACAUGGCAGAAAAAGCGAAAAUCAGCGAUAAUAAUAAUAAUUUAUCAGGGUCGGGUAAUAACUCGCCAAUAACCAAUAAUAAUUGUGAUGCUUAUACAUUUCCUUAUUAUACCUCAGAUAUAACAGCACAGUAUCAACAGCCAUUCCUAAAUUAUAAUAUGUCAUACAAUGAUACUUCCACUUCUUCAAUUGCUUCAAGUCCUCUACUUUCAUAUGGUGAUGUUUCACCUGGUAGAUCAUCUGAAAAUGAGACUACAUCUUAUCUAGAAUUGUGUCCCUCUGGACAUGAUGGAUCUCUAAUGCUUUUAGUCGAAUAG